AGUGAUGUCUACCCAACGUCCUGCUCGCUUGUGUGACGGGUGCAGAGCGGUCUGUUGACGCUGCAGAGAGCGCUCCGUGAGACUCCUGCCACGGGAUGGCCUUCACUGAUCUCCACUACCGAUCAGCUUGGAUGUAGCCCGCGUUGAAGGGUUUAGUACUGGCUCGCAGUGCAUCUCCGCCUUGCGGUCACCGCGCAGGCUCUGGCGCCCCCGCGCCUGGGCGGGCGGGCUGUACUGGCCGCCGGUCAUGGUUCGAGGACAACGCGCAGAUACGACAUCUCCGAAAGGCAGGCUCUGCCGCGAUCAUCUCGCGACAGCGAAGGCAGCCAGCUAGGUUUGCGAUGGGAAGGCAUGCCGUUGCGGCGAAGCCACUCAUUAGUCUGUCUGUACUCACGUUCUCUCCCACAGCGCGACAGGCACCGUGCAGAACACUAUAUAUGCGCGGGUGGUGCCCGUCUAUUGCGGGCGCGGUCUACUGGCGCGUCGAUUGGCGCAUCAUGUUGAAGGUGCGGAUCAGAAUCGACUGACUGGCCAGCUCUUUCCAGAUAUGAUGGACUUCAUGCCUGGAUCCGUUGGUCUGGUCGGUACCCCUGUUGUGGGUCGCUAUAAGAUUCCGUCCCCACCAGCGCCAUGCGGCCUCAUUGCCUUCGCCUUCGACGUCGCGCUGUCCUGCCUCGCCCCUGGCAACGUUCAACUUGCCCCCGUCGCUCUUUACCUUGCCGCGGCCUUCCCCCCCAUUCCCCGCGAUGGCCCCCGCAGCCUUUCUCUUGCUCGCUUCAUGCUUCGCGUCUGCCCUUGCUGACGCCGUCCAGGUCAACCCGCCUUCUUCCCCGCCAGGCGACAAUGUCACCGCCGUGUACUCCAACUUCUUCGGGAUCUCCUUCGAGCUGUCGUUCAUCAACUAUUACCUCGGGAACGACACCAACUCCAUCCCCCAGCCGGUGCUCAACUACCUCGGCGCGCUGCACAACCGCAGCAGCGACCGCCCGCUGAGGCUGCGCCUCGGUGGCAACUCCAUGGACAGCUCGACCUACGUCCCCGACCAGCAGCAGAUCCUCGUGUUCACCAACCCUGCCGCGAACGUCAACGACCAGACUGUCUCGUUCGGCUCCGUGCUCUUUGACGUCAUGAACACGACGGGCACCAUGCUCGGUGGCAUAGAAUGGCUCAUCGGCCUCAGUCUGCUUGACCCCAACAGCACGAACGUACCCCUCUUGGCUGGAGACGCGCAAAAGUAUCUGGGAGACGGUCUCGAUGCGUACAUUCUCGGGAACGAACCUGACCUGUACGCUUCACAUGGAGACAGGCCUGGCAUGGCCAAUUAUUCCGUGUAUGACUACGUCGGGGACUACUGGGUCGCGACCAAUAACUUGGAAAACACGCCAACGGACGGCAACGUGCUGGACCUCGAUAAAAUUGCUGGCCCUACUAUUUGCUGUGAUUGGGACCUUAAUGCCGUUCUCACGUCCGGCUGGCUUUCUGAUUUUCAGGAUCGCCUCAAGUACAUCACACUACAGCACUAUCCACAAAACAACUGCUUCGGCUCUUACCAAUAUCACCUCGACUACUACAUGUCGCAUACCCAGACCGUCGUCCUGGCCCAGUGGCAACAACCGGGCCUCCAGGCCAUCGCCUCGACGCCGUCCAACCAGCGCAAGCCCGUGCUGAUGGACGAGUUCAACUCCGCCUCCUGCGGCGGCGUCCCCGAGUCCAACAUGUUCGGCGUCGGCCUCUGGACGGCGGACUACGCGCUGCAGAUGGCGAGCGUCGGCUACUCGGGCGCGUACCUGCACACGCGUGAGCCGGGCGUGUCGUACAACCCGCUCGAGCCGCCGGCGGGCGACGCGGGCGGCGCAGGCGCGUGGGGCACGAACACGAACUUCUACGCGAUGCUCGCCGUGACGGAGGCGCUCGCGAACGCGAACGGGAGCCGCGUCGUCGACCUCGGCGUCGACGGCUCGCAGAGCGACUUCGGCGCCGUGCACGCGGGCUACGCCGUCUACGACCAGGCGACGGCGCGCGUGCACGCGCUCGCGCUCUUCAACUACGCCAACGCGUCCGCCGCCGCCACCGACUUUGCGCUCCCCGCGGCGCUCUUCGACGCCGCGCCCCUCCCCGCCGCCGUCCUCGUCCGCUACCUCAGCGCCCCCAGCGCGACGGAGACGACGAACGUCACCUGGGGCAACUUCACGUACGCCGGCGUUGGCGACGGCACGCCCGUCGCGGCGGCGGCGGCGGCGGCGACGCAGUGGACGGACCGGACGUACGCGUGCGACGGCGGGUGCACCGUGCAGGUCCCUGGGCCCGGCAUGGCCGUCGUGUUUGUCGGCGGCGCGCCGAGCACGACGGGCGCCGCGACGGCCGCGGCGAACGUCACGCAGAGCGGUGGUGCCGCCGGGCCGUCGUCCACUGGCGGUUCCGACGGGACGAAUACCACGAAAACGGGUGCUGCUUCCGAGGGUUGUGUGGCGAACAUUUGGACGCUGCUUGCUGGACUUCUCUUGAUGACGGUUAUGUGAUGAUUUGACUGUGAUGCCUACUAGAGACGCUGUCUUGUAUACUACACCGUUUGUACACCGUGUUGUAAUAGCUGUUUGUGCUCCGAACCUUUGGACUAUAUCUGUUGUAGUACUUGCAUACCUCUUGCUUUCGAAGAGACACUGGCAUCGUUCCGGGAUUUUGUUCACAUCUCUAUUUGCUUAGAACAGAGCUUUACACGAAUGAAGACGUGACGGUCAGAGGGUCGCGCCGCGGACAGCCAGCAGACGGACAGACUGCUUCCGGAAGGCGCUGGCAUCGUGGCGUCCCAGGGGCAUCGAU